ACAGGAGCCGGACCUGCUGAAAAUGCACCAAUUAUCUGCAGAGGACGGAUGUGCGUUAGUGUGUGCACAGAGCAAUAUGUCCCGUUAAGACGGCUGAUUAACACAGAGUCGCUUAUCGGCGCUUGUCAGUAGUUAAAAAGGGACGUGCGUUGUUUGCUCUUUACGUAAUCCUUUUUUGCGUAAUUUUGCAGCGGGUAUUGGAUGCCGCGUGGACCAGGAUUAUUUUGGCGAGGAUAUCUGUAGUGCUCUCCCCUCCUCCCUGCAUCCGUUGUUGUCCUCAACGGCAGAUACGGACUCAUUCAAACGGGGACUAUUUGUCUGGAGCAACAUUGUAAACAGACGAGCGGCUGUUUUAAUGAAAUCCAGCAUCGCUGCAUCCCGGUUGAAGCCUUCAAUCAGAAAUGCCCGGGAAUCCUCCAGCUGCUCUUUCCUGCUGUUCUCUGAGAAUGGGAUCGUAGUGAACCUCUCUGGGAUUUAGAUUAACUGCUAGCAUGUUGCAGCCUUCCACCCAGACAGGUGAACACCUGUUGGAAGUAUUACCUCACUGGAGUACGCGUUCGAGAUGGGUCCUCUCCCUCACCCUCUUCAUGGCUCUCCUCUGGCUUCCAGGAGCAGCGGCAUCAACCCUAAACUGCCACAAGACGUGCAUCUGUGCCUCAAACAUAGUGAGUUGCUCCAAGAUGAAUCUGACCACCGUUCCGACAGGUCUGCCGUCCUACACCGCUGUGCUGGAUCUCAGCUACAAUGAGAUAGAGCGGCUGCGAUCUGAGUGGACCCCGGUCAAGCUCCAGAAGCUCCAUAACCUCCUCCUCAGCCAUAAUGGUCUCCAUUUCCUGUCUUCAGAGGCGUUCCUUUAUGUGAAGCACCUGCGCUACUUGGACCUGUCCUCCAACAACUUAAAAUUUCUGGAUGAGUUUAUCUUUGAACCUUUGGUCAACCUGGAGGUCCUCUUGCUGUACAAUAACCAGAUUUCCCAGAUUGACCGCUCGGCCUUUAUCGGCAUGAUCAACCUUCAGAAACUCUACUUAAGCCAGAAUCAAAUCUCCCGCUUCCCUGCGGAGUUGGUCAGAGAAAAGUCCCGCCUGGAGAAACUUAGUCUGCUGGAUGUGUCCUCCAACAAGAUCAAGAUUUUACCCAUUGAUGAGCUCCAGGUGCUGCCUGCCUGGAUUAAAAAUGGCCUCUACUUCCACAAUAACCCUCUGAUAUGUCACUGUGAUCUCUACACACUCCUUGCCCACUGGUACAUCCGAAAGCUCAACUCUGCCGUGGACUUCAAAGACGAAUACACGUGUAUUCUGCCUGGUCUGCAAAAAACCCAAGUAGGUGUUUUUGACCUCAGUGGUGAAAAUAUGAACUGCAGCACAUUCAAGGAGGCAGAUGAAGAGGCUUUUCUGGAGCAGAUGCUGAUCCUCAACUGCGACACCAAACACAGGAACAUGUCAAAGACCUGGAUGAUGCCUGGGAACGUGGCGGUGACAAAUGGAAGCAACCAGACAGCCAAAGUCUUGCCAGAUGGAAGUCUGCAGAUAAGCCCGGUGAGGACUGAGGACUCUGGGACCUACACUUGCUUCGCGACGAGCGAUGUCUUCAAUGAGACGAUCUACGUGGUGCUGAAGGUUCACAACUUCACCAUGAACGGGGGCGGGGAGACCCUGAACACAGCGUACACCACCUUGGUGGGCUGUCUGGCCAGUGUGGUGCUGGUACUCAUGUAUUUGUACCUGACGCCAUGUCGCUGCUUCUGUUGCCCCAAUAAAGGUAAAGGUCGUGGUGAAGACAGCAUCCACUCAUCCAUGCUCAGCGUGACCCCUACCCAUGACGACCCAGCGCUCAAGGCUGAGCUGAACAGGCAUGUGGCGUUCAUAGACUCCAAGGACUUGCAGGGCCAAAACGGCAAGCUGAACCCCAAUGGGGAUGAGGGUGACGAUGAUCUGGAUGCAGAGGCUGGUUCUCUUAUGAAGGGGAAGAGGAAGAAGUCCGUAGCAGAGUCCAUCAGCUCCGUCUUCUCAGACACUCCCAUGGUGGUCUGAGAUGAGACGAUGGACGCCUCACAACUGGAUGUAAAUGGUCCAGCGUGAGCCAUGUUUUAGGUGAUGUAAACUGUGACUUUAACCUUGUGGGAGGAAACGGAGGAACGACGUUCAUCUGUAGUUGCUGGCAUAUGGAAAUAAGGAUUUCAAAGGGAGUAAAAUAACUGUCUUGUUGCCGACAAGGACAAUAAGCAGGACUUUUCCAGCAUUUUAAUCUGUAGCACUUAAUAUUCAUACUGUGAAGGAAUGGCAGUGAACAGUGGAAACUACUGAAGUCUUAUAGGAGUAAAACGUAGAUGAUAUAUUAUUGAUAUCAGCGCUCAGGAAGUGAUCAAUUCAACUGGUGAAGUGCGGGAAAUACAUAUACAAUGCACAGGUUGAAGUUAAAUUUGAAAAAACAUAGUAUAUAUUGAAACAAUGGCUGGCUCAUUAUUAUAUUUAGUACAAAAACUAGAAUAGAUCGCAUCUAAAAAACUAACAUGAAAUUAGAGCAUAGGUACAUUUCCCCCUCCUUUAUGAACACAGGCACUCGCAUAGACAGUCACCAGGCUAUGAAUACAUCUGUCGUUAACCUUGAGUCAUCUAUAGAGAAACAGCAUGCCAUAAGCCCACAUUAUAUGAGGUCUCAGGCUGAUCUGUAUAAGUGGGAUGAAGAAAAUGUGCAGUCAUCAGAUGUUUAGUCAUUUAUACUGAGAAAGCAGUAGCAGAAACAUCAUAUUAAGAAGCCAUCAAAGGUCAUUUCCAUCCUACUUUAAAAGUGGUACUUAGUUGCAUUCAAAUAUAAAUCAUCAUUAUCUGUAUUCAUAGUCAUAUGUGUAGCAAUAUAGGAGAAAGCUAUAUCAUGGGAUCAAUUUACAUGUAAGUGUAAAAUAGCUAACCAGCUUGUGGCAGUUGAUUGCUUAUACAUGAACUGUAUAUCAAAAUAGUUGCCUCUUAGUUAUUGCAGAUCUUCAGUGUAACCCCAAAGAAGCCUUACAAUUACAAAUAUGAAACUCCUCCAGCAGAUUAGAUGCAGAGAAGUGUUUUGUCUUGACUGAUUAUCAACAUACUGUCUCAAUUCUAUAUACAGACACGUACCGUCGUCCUUACAUGGACUAAUAGACUGAGGUGCCACUUACUACAGAACUGCAGGCUCUUCCUCUCAGCCACGUUAUAGCAUUUGUUUCUCUCAGUCAUACAGCAUUACGUUAAACACUGAGUUAAAGCUGCCAGCUUGAGUUUAUCUCAUUGUUUCCUGUAUGUAAAAUGUGCUACAGACACAAAAUCCAGAACUGUUAGUACAUUACUAAAAGAACUCAGUUUAUUCAUAAGUUAUAAAUUAUGUCAUAAAAUUAAGCAUUUGCAGGGGCACACUGUCAGAAGAAACAAACCAGGCCAAUGUUUUGGGACCCCCAAAACAUGGCUACUUAAAUUGGCAAAUUCCGCAAUGACAACUACAAAAUAGAGCUGUUUCGAUACCAGUAUCGGAAAUGCUGCCAAUACUGCUUAAAAUGCUGGAUCGAGUUUAAGUGAGGGUACAAGUCUCAGCACUGAUCCAUUACCAUUUAAUUUAUCAAUUAACUUUUGUACUUUCACACCUGCAUAAGACAGCACUUCUCAAUUCUUCUUUGCCACUCUAAGAAUCACUUUUCCAGUAAAAUGCUGGCAAUUUGGCAGCUGGAAAGUCCCACGAGAUAAAAUGCAAUGUGUACAGUUUGAAAGGCUCCAAAAAAUCUAAGUGAGACCCCAGUCUACCUACCGACAGUCAGCUAGCUACCUGAAACUAUCAUACACACUUUAGGUGUAAAGAUCGGCACAGUGAAGUCAGAAUACCUUUCUGAUCACCAGAUAUGGAGGAAAAAACAACAAGAGGAGGAUAAAUGACAAGACGGGGUGUCUGGGGUCCUCAAUGGGCUUCUUUGCCCAGGGUCCCUCAGACUCUAGGUACACCACUGAGUAUUUGAUGUUGUGUUUUUGUCAGAUGGACAAUUACGAGUUUCCAGUUGUGUUGCCCUGUGGUAGGCAGAGAAAGCUGCACAUUGCAUCAGCAGGUAAACACUAGAAAUAGAGCUUACAGGGUUCCUCCAGAGGAUUACCCUGACAAGGCUGUAUUAUUUGACAGGAGAAAGCUGAUUGUAGAGUUUGUAGCUACUGACACAAAA